AUGUCUCUUUUAUCGUGGAGACAUUUUCCCUUCUUUGAAGGAACUCCAAUAAAAGAUCCACAUUUUGGGUCAGAGCAACACGCCCUUUAUUCCGAUGCAUCCCUUAGUGCAAUAUGUGCCGCUGGGAGGUAUAUAGCUAUUGCAACAAGACAGACAACGGUACAACUGAUAGAUCAAAACAUAGAAAAAGCUUUUAGCUUUCCAUGUUACCAUGAAGGAUGGACAAUCACAAAACUAGCAUAUUGCCAAUACGAGGAGUCUCCUUUUUUGGUAACUAUAGCUGAAAGACAAGGUUAUCCGCUGUAUCUAAAAAUCUGGAAUCUCAAUAAGGUGAUGAACAUGAAGAGUGAUAAGUUUGACUUAGAUUCUAGCUAUUUAACACAAUGCUCAGUGAAUAAUGAAAAGAACAACUAUCCAAUGACUUGCUUUGCGCAUAUAAAUGAUUUAUCUAUACUGGCUUUUGGGUUUUCUAAUGGAUCAGUUAUUAUAGUUCGUGGUGAUUUGAUACAUGAUCGUGGGUCUCGACAACGUAUUAUAUACCAGGACAAGGAACCAAUAACAUCUGUCACGUUUAAAUCAAAUGACCUUUUAUACGCCUCUACAUUCUCAAAGAUAUUCACUCUAUCAACAUCAGGAAGGAAUGAUAGGAAAAUAGAACGUUUGCUGGAUGAUAAUGAAGGAGCGGACCUUGACUGCACAUGCUUGUAUGGUUCAAGUUUACUUGUUUCAAGAGAGUCAUGCUUUCAGUUUUAUGAUACAAAGGGUAAGACUCGUUCGAUACAGCUCAGUAUUCCGAAGAAGAAAACACACUUAUAUCAUGACAGGUAUCUCGUUUGCAUUUCAGAAACAUCAACGACAGAUUUUAGCGAGUCUUCGAUCUCUAGUAACAAAUUACUAAUUCUUGACUUGAAGAAUAACUUUGUUGUGUUUAAUCAAUUAAUAACGUCGGCAGUAUCUGAUAUUUUUGAGAUUUGGGAAGAUCUUUAUGUGCUGGUUAUGGAUGGCUCUUUACUCAGACUCCACGAGAAGAACAUCAAGGAGAACAUUGAGAUUUUAGUUAAAAGUGACUUAUUCCCUUUAGCGCUAAAGUUAAUAAACGAAAACAGGAAAGCAUUUACCGACAAUGAGGUGAUGAAUAUAGAAAAGCUAUAUGGCUUCUAUCUAUAUAAUAGAAAUGAUUUUGGAGCCGCAAUAGAUCAGUUUAUAGCAUGCAUACCUUUAGGUAAGACUAGUGAAAUUAUAUCAAUGUUCAAGGGCAGUUCAAAGAUUCAGUAUUUGAUAAGGUAUAUCUUGAAGAUGGUCGAACUGAAAAUUUCCACCCCAAAUCAUAUAGACUUGUUAUUGACAUCAUAUUGUAAGUUAAAGAUGUUACCAGAAUUUGAGCGAUUUAUACGUGAUAUUGAAACGGAUGAUGACUAUGAUAUUAUACCCACGGAAACGCAUAAAUCGUUUGAUAUUGAUUCCAUUAUUCAACUUUGCAAAGACAAUGAAUAUUACAGUUUGGCAUUAGUGAUUGCGGAGAAAUUUCAAUUAGCUUCCAAAGUUGUUUCAAUACAAAUUCAUGACCUCAAGGAUCCAUUUUCAGCCCUUGAUUACAUCAAUUCCUUACCGAUAGAUGAUCUACUCAGGGUUUUGGUGGACAAUGUGAGCACACUUUUGAAUAUGCUACCAAACGAAACAACUCAACUUUUGAUUGACGUAUUUACAGGAAAAUAUACAAUUAAAUCAAGGACUUCAGAACGAGGCAAAGAAACUGAUAAUUCAAGCACGUUUUCUUAUCCAAUAUUCACGUCUUAUAAGCAAUUUUCCAAAUUUAUGAAUACAGGCCAGGGCGAUGAUGAAAUUGAAGAAGAAAAAAUCCCUACUUACCAGCCGCCUAGACCAAGAAUGGUUUUUUCUAGUUUUAUGAAUCAUAAUUAUCAAUUUGUAAUUUUCUUGGAGGCAUGUGUUGAAAGUUAUGAAAAAUAUGAUGGUAAUUCCCAGGAUAAAAGUGAUAUUAUUAAUACUCUAUAUGAACUAUACCUCACAUUAGCACAAUCGGAUAAAGCAAACAAGCAAGAUUGGGAGGAAAAGGCAAAAUUUUUGUUAUAUCAAAGAAAGGAAUGGUCAGAGGAGGAAAAGUCCAAACUCAUUUUGAUUUCGAAUAUUUACGAAUUUAGUGAGGGUGAGAUGAUUAUUCGUGAACAAACUGAAAGUAUAUCAGAUUUAAAUAUUGAAGGCUAUGAAUUGGAUUUGUUUAGAUCUUCAAUAUUUGCCUCUGACAUAGAAAAAUCAUAUGACAUAGUUCUGAAAUACGGACAUAAGGAGAAAGAACUCUAUAGACUUGCGUUAUUAACGUAUACAUCUUCUAAUGCAUAUUAUGAGAAAAUUGGUGAUAAAAGACUUCAGAAUCUUUUGGAGAUCAUUGAGCAAGAGAAUUGCCUAACUUUACUGGAGGUUUUGGAUUGCUUAACUAAUGAAGAUACCAAUGUAAGACUUGGGGUGGUUAAAAACUAUCUUUUAAGAAAUAUAGAGAAACAAAAACUAGAAAUACAAAAAAAUGAAGAAUUGAAAAAUGCAUAUGAAUCCAGAUUGUCCAAUCUAAAAUCUAAUAUUGCUGACUUGAUGAAUGAUCCAAAGAUACUAAACAGCACUAAAUGUUCUGUUUGCAACAAUCCACUUGAGUUUCCUAUGGUAUGCUACAAAUGUGGCCACCAAAUUCAUGAACACUGUCUGAUAGAAAGCACCUCGGGUAAAUCAUCCUUGAAAGGGAUGUCAUCUAAUUUUGUCCUAGGAGAUACCGACGAAGGAUUCAUUCCAUGUCCAAUUUGCGUAACUGACCAAGAUGCUCUAAUACUGUCCAAGAAACAACAAGAGGACUUUUCUCUACGUCAAGAUUUGUUCAAAUCUACUGUUAGGGUAAGCUCGGACAAAUUUAAGUCUAUGUUUUCAUUUCUAGGGAGGGGUGGAAUGGAAACUUCGAAGCUUGUCUAUGAUGGAUCCAGUGUAUAA